GUGGUGGCGGCGCGGGGAGUAAAGAUGCUCCCUCUGGCUCCCCAGGUCUUCAUACCAUCUCACUAGGUCCUCAUGGCUGGACCUAGACACUCAGGCCAAUAAUUAGGUACAAACGGAUAUUUAAAUAUUGGCUCAACAUUUAAAGAGAGCAUAGGCUGAUGCCAUGGGGGAAGAACAACGGAGAAUCCCUGGUGCCAGUGUCCCUGUCCCCUCUCUGCACAGAACCUUUAGUUCGGAUCCCAAACCUGUCCACGCUGCUGCCUAUGCGGCCUCCUGCUCCGUCUCCCCGGAAGACAGUCUGGUGACCACCUCUGUCUCUCCAGCAGGCCCUUGGGUUCCACUCCUUGCAACCUGCUCGUGGAAGGUUCACUUCCAACCGCACACUCUGCUCCUUGCUGAGAGGUCCCAUAAACGUCUGCAGGGGUGUUUGAGACCCCUCAUGUGCUGGCCCCUGCCCUUAUCUCGUGGGGGUGGCACCACGCCCCACAUUAUUAGCUGUAUGACCGCCCUCACUGCCUGUUCUAAGGGGCUGGGUCGGCAGGGGAAGUAGAAGGGCGUGUCCCCCUUCACUCCAAUGGCGGCUCUCUCACGCAAAAGCGUGGAGGCUUCCUAUAUCCAUCGUUUCACCUUAAGAGUGAUAACCGCCCCCCCCCCAGCGCCACUUGAAUUUUUUUUCAAUUCCUUCAAACGAUUUUAAACUCUCCAUGCUCUUGCUAAAAUUUGUGUGUACAUCAUACACUUGUAUGAAGCACGGUCCUAUUCUUUGUACGUAGGAACUUUAAAAAAUGAAGUUAAAGGGAAGAAAAUUGAUCACACACACACACAUCCACGUUUGACAGAUUUUCUGCACCGAAAAGGAAAGGAAAAACAACAACAACACCCCACAUUCCCUGAGUUCCCUGAUAAUGAUUUCCAAGGGGAAAGACUAGGACUUGGGCUGCGUCUGUCGGAGGGGAAAUCGCUCUAGAGUACAUUUUUGUUGUUAUUUAUCAAACCAGACAUCUCUCCGUGGGCACACUGCCGAGACUUAGGUAACUGUGUAAUGCGAUAAGUGCUUUUAUGAGUUAUGCAAAGACACAGCGCUUUCCUGACGGCCGGAGCAACGUAAUUCGCGACCUUGUCCGGGCCCCGGUUCCCGGCUCGCGAGGGGCGGUGUCUCUGCCCGAGCUCCGCGCGGCCGCAGGAUUACGGUGGGAUCAUGGCAGGGCUGGGCUCCGAUCCCUGGUGGAAGAAAACCCUUUACUUGACCGGGGGAGCUUUGCUGGCCGCAGCUGCGUAUCUGCUCCACGAACUCCUGGUCAUUAGUUUAGGUAAAACACAAAACAAUCUGAAAUACGUGGGAUGGAAAAUCCAUCUUGAAAUGGCUAUGCUGUCUGAGUUCACUGGCAAUCGUUUUCUUCACCACGGUACUUGGAUUUCCUGCUGCGUAGACUUAACCUUAAUCUAUGGGUACAUCUCCAGAGUGGAAAGUAAAGUUGACAGGAAACAGCAAGAGAUUGACUCCAAAGAUGCUAUUAUUUUGCAUCAGUUUGCAAGACCUAACAAUGGUGUCCCCAGUUUGUCUCCUUUCUGUUUGAAAAUGGAAACUUAUUUAAGGAUGGCUGACUUACCCUAUCAGAACUAUUUUGGUGGAAAGCUCUCUGCUCAAGGGAAAAUGCCUUGGAUUGAAUAUAAUCAUGAAAAAGUUUCUGGGACAGAAUUCAUAAUUGACUUUCUGGAAGAGAAACUUGGAGUGAAUUUAAACAAAAACCUUGGUCCUCAUGAAAGAGCCAUCUCCAGGGCAGUGACUAAGAUGGUGGAGGAGCAUUUCUAUUGGACCUUAGCUUAUUGCCAGUGGGUGGACAAUCUCAAUGAGACCCGGAAGAUGCUCUCUCUUAGUGGUGGCGGUCCCUUCAGUAACCUGCUGAGGUGGGUCGUGUGCCACAUAACGAAAGGAAUCGUGAAACGCGAGAUGCACGGCCACGGCAUUGGCCGCUUCUCAGAGGAAGAGAUUUACAUGCUGAUGGAGAAGGACAUGCGGUCUUUAGCAGGGCUUCUGGGUGAUAAGAAGUACAUCAUGGGACCCAAGCUUUCCACUCUCGACGCCACCGUCUUUGGACACUUGGCACAGGCAAUGUGGACCCUACCAGGGACGAGACCUGAGCGGCUGAUAAAAGGUGAGCUGAUCAAUCUUGCCAUGUACUGUGAGAGGAUCAGGAGGAAAUUCUGGCCUGAGUGGCACCAUGAUGAUGACAACACCAUCUAUGAGUCCGAGGAGAGCUGUGAAGGCAGCAAGACGCAUACGCCCCUGCUGGAUUUCAGCUCUUACUCAAGGACAGAGACCUUUGAAGAUGAGGGAGCAGAGAACAGUUUUUCCAGAACCCCAGACACGGAUUUCACUGGACACUCGCUCUUUGAUUCUGACGUGGACUUGGAUGACUACACAGACCAUGAACAGUGCAAGUGACACUCAGCCCUGCUCACCCUCCUGUGUCGGAGCUCCCAUUCCCUGGGGUCAGUCCAGUUUCCCAGGUGGAAAUCCGUCCGAGCUGGGAGGAGAUCUUCGUGCUUGACACAGUGAUCACAAGCUAACUGGACUAGAGCAGCCUUAUUUCUUUUUUGUACAAACAAGACACAGAACCAUUCCGAUGGCUCCAUUUAAAACAAACAGGCAAAAAAAAAAAAAAAAAAAGUCAGCAUGGUUCCUGAAAUCCACCUUUGUUUUCAUUAGAAAACUAAGAUUGUGUGGUAGAGCAGGUGCAACAGCAGUUUGUCCACAGAGGGUGUGUACAUCGAUCCCCUGCAACCCGAGGGCUUAGGUGCCAGAUGGAUUCCUGAACAUCCUUCAUCCAGCAGGGUUCAAAGUCAGGAGAGAUGUCAUCAGGAGGAAUGUAGGAGAUAAAUGUUCUAUGGUGGCUGCUUGUAUUUCCUGUGUGUAUAUUGUAUGUUGAGAUAUAAGUCAAAUAAAAUCCAUAGAUAUUCAGUGAACACCUACUAUGUGCAAAGCACUGUGCUAGGUGCUAGCCAGUAUGAGUUUUAUCCUAAGCCCUGCCAGUGGCUAGCUGUGUGAUUCUGGGCAAUCCCUUAAUUCUUGUGUGCCUCAUUUCCCUCACCUGUAAAGUGGGGGUAACAAUAGUCCCCGCCUACCUACCUCACAGGGGUGUUGUGAGGAUUCACGUGGUAACAUACGGCGCUUUAAACCUCUCGGAAGAGGUGUGACAUAAACACAUUUUAUUCUUUAA